AGCCACUUGGCCACUUGUCAUUUUUCUAACCUAAAAAAUUUGCUGUUUUGAUUCUCUUAAAUUAAAGUUGGAGAUAUGACUACCCUUUUCAAAAUAGCAACCAAUAACUACAUAAAAUCGGUUUUCAAUCAAGCACAACGUAACAUUUCCAUCACUUCCACAUUGCAUCUCAAAAAAAUAAAUGAGAUUCAAGAAGGCAAAGAUCUAGUGAUAUAUGGCGAAAUAGUCUCCUCAGAACGAGAACCGUAUCUCCUAAAAAGCAAUCAUUCAAAAGCAUGUCCACUAUGUGCUACUGGUUUGGACAUUAAACACACAGAUGUGUUGAUUCUGAGUCAGUUUGUCAGAAAAGAUGGAUGUAUGCUACCUAGGAGAAUUACUGGACUCUGCAAGACUCAACAAAAACGAGUAACUUAUUUAGUCGCUAUGGCUCAAAAAUCAGGUCUGAUGCCCAACUUGACUCCUGCAUACAGCAAUAAAGAUCCCAAGAAGCGGUACGAAUGGAAAAAAUAUAACAAGUACUUUGAUGAAACAACAAUACCAUUCAAACUGUAGGAGAAAAAUAAUUGUUAGUCUUAGUUUUAUUAAAUAUAUUUACAUCAAUCAUUAUUUAGUUUUUCUUUAAGAUCGCC